AUGUACAUCAAGAUAGAAUCUCAGAGACUUGAUUAUUACAGAAGCCGACAACAGUUAAUAAGAAGAGAGGAACUUCAAGGCAUAAUGGACAGUGUCAUGUCAGGACAUUGCCAAGGAUCCAAAAUAGGUCAGCGAGUUAUUCUUCCAGCAUCAUUCAUAGGUGGUCCUCGCGACAUGAGAAGAAGAUAUGUUGAUGCUAUGGCUCUCGUGCAAAAAUUCGGCAAACCAGAUUUAUUUAUCACUAUGACAUGCAAUCCUUCAUGGCCUGAGAUGAAAAAACACAUGCUACCUACUGAUGAAGGUCAUAACAGACCAGACUUACUCGCUCGAGUUUUCCAUGCUAAGCUUGAUCUUUUGAAGGACCAACUCUUCAAGAAACAAAUAUUUGGAGCAGUAGCAGCUUAUACCUAUGUUGUUGAGUUUCAGAAACGUGGUCUACCGCAUACUCAUUUCCUCAUAAUUUUAGAGCCAGGUUCAAAACUUUAUUCCACAGAAUCCUAUGAUAAAAUCGUCAGUGCAGAAAUUCCAGAUAUAACAGCAAAUCAACAUUUAUUCAGAAUGGUUCGAAAGCACAUGAUCCACGGUCCUUGCGGAGCACAAAAUCCAGAUAAUGUUUGUAUGCAAGGAAAUCAGAAGAAAAGAUGCAGAAAUAAUUACCCAAAAUCAUUUGCUCAGACAACCUUUCAUGGAAAGAAUGCGUAUCCUACUUAUCGAAGGAGAAAUGAUGGACAGAAAAUAAUUGUUCGUGGCCAUCAGCUUGAUAACAGAUGGAUAGUUCCACACAACAGAUACUUAUUGGCAAAAUUUGAUUGCCACAUAAAUGUUGAAAUCUGUUCCACUGUGAAAGCUGUCAAAUAUAUAUACAAAUAUAUAUACAAGGGUCAUGAUAGGAUUCAUUUAGAGUAA